AUGAACGUUGUGACGCGUCUCUCUCUGCUGCUCAGCUGCUGGACUCUCUUCUACCUGCAUCCUGUCCGCGGCUCCCUCAGCCGGACCGGACCCGCAGAGCGCACAGGAGGAACCCACCGUGGAUCCGCGCACCUCGCAGGAAGGCAGCCGGUCCCCGCUGCAGGGAGCUGGAAACCCCACGCAGGACCCCCGCUGAUUACAGCCGAGACCCCGAUGAGAGGCAAACAGACUGCGGGAGGGAACCCUGAACGUCCUCAUCCCCACCAUCAGCAGCAGCUGCAGCCGGCCGCAGCGCUGGACCUGGGGCGCAAAGAGGCUGCGCGCUACUGGCCUCCCGCUGCGGAAGCACGCGUCAAACCGCACGCCCCCGCACAUGCGGGAGGAGGCGUCGGAGUUGGAGAUUCACCGGGGAAACCUGCGGGAAAGGUCGCCGCCAGGGCGAGCGCAGCGGCGGCGGCGGCGCGCGGCGGCUUUCCUCCGGCGGCGCAACGCGGAGCCGCCGCCAGGAGGCAGAAACUGGGCGACAAGCAGCCGCUGGUGACCCCACACGACUACAUGCUGUCCCUGUACUGGUCCCUGAGCAGCGGGGACCUGAACAGCAGCGCGCUGCACGAGGCCGGUCUGGCCAACACCAUCACCAGCUUCGUGGACAGAGGACACGAUGAUCGAGGGCCCAUGUUGCGACGUCAGAGGUACCAGUUCAACAUCAGCUCUCUGGAGCGCGAUGGGCUCCUGGGGGCCGAGCUCCGCAUCCUGAGGAAGCCGGUCUCUGUGGCGGCGGCUGAUGGAGGCUCGGUGCCCUGGCUGAAGCUUUAUAGCUGCGCUUCAGGCCGGCAGAAAGCGGCUCUGCUCCAGUCCAGGACGGUGGAUGACCUCCUGGGCGGAUUCAGCAACAAGUGGGAAGUGUUUGACGUUUAUAAAGUCUUCAAGGGAUUCAAGAACCAGCAGCUGUGCUUGGAGCUGGAGGCCCUGGAGCACCGAGGAGGCCGUCCGCUGGACCUGCGGGCUCUGGGCUUCGCUCGACCCGGCAGGACCAACAAGAAGGCAUUCCUCCUGGCGUUUGGGAAAAGCAAGAAGCGAGAUCUCUUUUACAAUGAGAUCAAAGCACGUUCGGGUCACGACAACAAAACCGUCUACGAGUAUCUGUUCAACCAGCGACGGAUGAGGCGAGCUCCUCCGCCAAGAGGCGCCAAGAAACCCCUCCGGGCCUUCUCUCAGGUCAUCCCGCAGCACCAGGCGGUUAAGUCCAGGCCACGCUGCCAUCGCCAGCGACUCCAUGUCAACUUCCAGGACAUGGGCUGGCACGACUGGAUCAUCGCACCUCUGGAGUACGACGCCUACCACUGCGACGGCGCCUGUGACUUCCCCAUCCGCUCGCACCUGGAGCCCACCAACCACGCCAUCAUCCAGACCCUGAUCAACUCCCUGGAACCGCACACGACCCCGCCAACCUGCUGCGUCCCGACGCGCCUCAGCUCCAUCAGCAUCCUCUACAUCGACUCAGCCAACAACGUCGUCUACAAGCAGUACGAGGAGAUGGUGGUGGAGUCCUGCGGCUGCAGGUAGCAGCCACAGAAAACAGACUCCGUUUGUUCCAAGUUCUCUGAAAUCCACAAAGAAAACCAUCAGGGAGCAAAAGACUCGCUGCUGUAUGGGGCCCGUUGUUGUGUAAAGUUACACUGUCAGAAUUAACAGCAAUAAUUCAGAGAAUUUAGUUUGUCAUAAGAGAAAAACGAUUUCAAAGGCACAUUUUGACCAUUUUAUUACUCCAUUUAUAAAUAUCACAUUUUUAAACUCAAUAUUUAAUUGGCAAGCUAAAUAUUUAGUUUGGAGCUAAAUAAUUUUGCUUGCUAACUGAAUGCUUAGCUUUAAGGUAAAUAUUGAGGUACAAACUAAAUAUUUCGCUUUAAGCUAUAUGUCAUGUUUGCUAUUUAAAUAUGCAGUUAGCAACCUAACUAAACAGUUACUUUUAAGCUGGCAAACAGCUGAAUAUUUUGUUUAUUUCAAAGUAAAUAUUUAGUUAGUAGGUUAAAUAUUUAAGUUGCAAACUAAAUAUUUCUGUUGAAGCUAGUUAAAACUAAAUAUUUUGUUUGCUUCAAACUAAAUAUUUAAGCUAAAUAGUAAGCUAACUCAGUAGUUUUGAGCUAAAUACUGAGCUUGAAAGUGUGUCAUUUAUAAAUGAAUGACUAACAUGGUGAAAAUAUGACUUUGUUAUGAUUGAUUGUUAUUAUUGUUAAUUUUAGACUGAGUAAGUUUAUGAAGGGCCUUCCAUACUGCUGUGCCACAGACAUGGCUCUCCCCACUCCAGUGGGCUUUCACACUGCAUACCAAAGGCUUCAAAGACUAAACACAGGAAGAUAAACUGAUGGAGAUUGUGCUCUUAAACACAGACUCACUUAAACUGUUGACGUUGUCAGGAUGUGUCUGAGAGACGGCCCAAAACAAAAACAGAAAAGACUCUCCUCAGAUCCGUAUCUGCAUCCUGAUUGGUGGAAAUCGUUCUGCAGGAACAUUAAGUGAAUUAUACUCAGAACCGCCCCCUUUUUUUCCAGCACUUAUCUGAUGGAGUCAUUUGUAUUCUUUAACCAAGAUGUCCUUUUUUCUGUAAAGCAUGUGAAGAAUUCCUGAUGUAUAAAUACCAACCAGUGAUGAAGUGCUAAUCUGACCUGCUCCAAAUGUGGGAAAAUUGUUUAGACUAGUCUUCAAUAAAAAAUUCCAAAGUGACUGAGCUUCGGACUGCUAUCAGUGGGAACCUCUGACCCCGUCAGGAAUGAUGCCCAGACUGAACUAUUGGAGGAAUCUGAGAGUUUCAGAUGCCAGAAGUACAGUCAAACACAGGAAUGCCAUUUUUAUUGAUAACAUCCAUGUUUCACUGGGGUUGAACAAGUUCCUACAGUUUCUGGUUAAUCUGCAUAAUUAACAUCCUUAAAAAGGCCAACAAUGUUCAAAUAAACCAGCACUGUAAAACCUGAAUGAAUAAAAUCUGAUUAAAAAUUACAUAUUUCUUUUUCCUGCCAGUGAUGAUUAAUGAUUAAAGAACAAA